CGGAGCACAACACACUCAGUCUUCCUCCUCUCGGUGUCCCACACACCAUGGCCGCCGCGGCUGCCUGUGAGCAGCACGGCUUGGGGAUACCGGUCACACCGUCCUCCGUUAGCUGUAAAAAGUCUCAGUGUUCCCGGGAACAUGGCCGCAGGACCCGGGAGAACUCCCGGCGGAGACAAGCCGCCCUCCUGUUCCUCAGUAACAUCUCUCUGGACGGACGGCCCGUCCUCAGAGACCCUGACCCGGAUCCGGCUGACCCGGUCCCGGCCCGGCUCGGUCCCGAUUCGGGCCCCAACGGUCACAGCUACGGGACUUUCGCCAACCUGUCCGGUUCGGUGAGCUGCGGAAGCGUCACCCAGCGGGGCGGGCUGCUCACCGUGCCGCCGAUCCUCGUCCUCCCGUCGGAUGAGCUGCUGCUGGAGAACCGCAGAGGCUCGGUUCCGUCCGCGUCCAACAGUCACCUGCUCACCCCGUCCCCGUCCAACUCCAGCCUGCUGCCGUCUCCUCUGGGGCCGCGGAAGUCCUCCACACUGCUGUCGGUCCAGAGCUGCAACUCGGUGUCCUCCGAGCCGAGACAGAGGACUCGGAACCUCUCUGGUGGAUCUCCUAGACCUCGACACACAAAGAAGAUCCACUUCAUCAAGAACAUGAAACAGUACGAUACCAGAGGCAGCAGGAUCGUACUCAUCUGUGCUAAGAGGUCUCUAUGUGCUGCCUUCUCUGUUCUGCCCUAUGGAGAGAGCUUCUACCUCAGUGACCCGACGUUGAACCACCCACGGAGGAGGCAUUCAUCUGGAAACAUCUCCACCUUAGAGAUGCUGCCAGGACUCGAGGGCUUCCACUUGGAUACCUACGGCAGGUCGGUGUCGUAUGCCCAGUUCUUAUACCCCACUAAUGCACUGGUGAGGCAGAAGCCGUCAUCAACCAGCGACCUGACGCUACAGAUUCCUGUUUCCAGAAGCACACAAAGCAUGCAGAGCAGGAGCUGCACGUCCAAACUAAACAGUACUGUGGGACUGGACUUAGGUCUGGAAGAUUUCCCAGAUUACGAUCCAAACCUCCUCAGCGACCCCCAGUGGCCUUGUGGGAAACAUAAGCGAGUUUUGAUCUUCGCCUCCUACAUGACAACAGUAAUUGAAUACGUGAGGCCGUCGGAUCUGAAGAAAGACAUGAACGAGACGUUUAAGGAGAAGUAUCCUCACAUUAAACUCACUCUCAGUAAAAUCCGCAGUCUGAAGAGGGAGAUGAGAUCAGUGAGCGAAGACUGUGGCCUUCAACCCGUCACCAUCGCGAUGGCUUUCGUCUAUUUCGAGAAGCUGGUUCUGCAGGGACGACUAAAUAAACAGAACAGAAAGUUGGUGUCAGCUGCCUGCAUCCUAUUGGCUGCCAAAAUCAGCAGUGACCUCAAGAAACAGGAAGUCAAACACCUCAUAGACAAGCUGGAGGAGCGGUUCCGGAUCAGCAGGAGGGAGCUCAUCUCCUUCGAGUUCACCAUCCUUGUGGCCCUGCAGAUGGCGCUCUACCUCCCUGAGAGUAAAGUCAUGCCUCAUUACAGACGUCUGGUGCAGCAGCAGCAGCUAUAGCAGCGCCUGGCUCAAAGGCACAACAGCAGAGGCCUGGCCCUCUGCUCUCAGACAGACCCCAAAGCCCAGCAUCACUGUGACCCGCAGUAGGACCCGGUGAUGGACGGACCAGGGGAACGACUGGAGCGCUACACCUCCACAAUCACCGAUCCUAGAGGAAGUUUUUCAACUACGCACCUUAGUUCAGUGCUGUUACUCAUCAGCUGAUCUGCAGAGACUUCUGUUAAACAUGGCUUUAAGAGGAACCUAUAAAAACUUGUUUGUUAAUUUUUAAGUUAUCUCCAUUUAAAGUCACGUUGAGCAGCUCUGUUCUACUUUAAAGCCUCUGCAGACGAGGAACACGUGGCAUUAAAUGAAACUCUGCCUCAAACAAAUACAGGACCGAAGAAGCUUCACACUGUGACGGGCAGAUAACCACGACGUCCGCCUCAAAGACACCAACGAAACUCAUUUGCUUCUCACCUCAUUGCACAAUUCUGACUGUGACAUCAGGCUCAGGUCUAAUCUAAGCUUUGAGGAGGAUGUUCAUCUACAACACAGUGAACAGACCAGUUCAAGUGGAUGCUGUUUACGUUGGUCACUGUUGAUUUGCUCUGGUGGCAAAUAAACACCAAAUCUACACAAGCUUUAAAGCACACGACGACAACUGUUUAACUACAGUUGAAAAUAUUAAGAGUUUUCUAUAACAGAAAAAAAUAUUUAAUAUUUACAGAUAUUCAUCGCACUGAAUCUUUUAUUGCAAAUAUGUGUUUUACAGGUUGAUAUGGAACCUAAAAUGCCAUUUAAGACAUUAAAUUAAUCAGCAUUUAUGCUACAGGUUUCAUCCAUAUUUACAAUAUUUAUAUUUUGAUGUCAGAUAUUUCCAGCAGCUUUACGUCCUUUCAUUUUUUUCAAAGUCCCAUCCCUUCCUAUCGUGCCUCAUGAGACCUUAUUUUGAGGAAAAAUGAGUCAGUGACAAGAGGCAAGAAAUGUUUGGAUCCUGACUGAGUUAUUAAUCAUUUACACACAUGAUAUUUGUCAGUUAAAAGAUAGUUUUACAAAUCAAGAAAGUCAAAGUUCGUCGCAAAACUGUCAGACUGAAAAUACAUAAACACAAAGACACCUGAACAUAAUGGAGGUGAAGUCAGUGAGCCAGUUUACAUGACCGUAAAAAUCAGAUAACUGGGAGUAAUCACAUAAUUGUAAUAAUCAGAUAUGACACUUCAUCACACACUUCGAAAAAACUCUGGUUUACAUGUUUCAGUAAAUCAUCGGAUUUCUUUCAGAGUACAUAGUGAUGGUCGACUCAAACUUCCUAGUAUUGUCUUCCACUCACAUUUGACUGACACUUCCAUUUUCUUUUGUAUUUUCAAUGACUGAGGUCAGCCGUUUCA